CUUUCUAUACCAUAGUCCUAACCAUUCUUCCAUCCUUCACUACUACACCAAAAAAAUUAAUAUAUAGCAUUCUUCUAGCCUAAGAGAAAAUAAACCAAUAUUAUUCCACAAAACAAAUUAAAGUUCGUGAGAGUUUAAUCAAUUUGAUACACGUACCCUUAUGGCCAAAGAAGGUCUUGGACUUGAAAUCACCGAGCUAAGGUUGGGUCUACCCGAUGCGGAGCAUGUAACUGUGGUCAAUAAGAAUGAGAAGAAGAGGGCCUUCUCGCAAAUUGAUGAUGAAAAUAGCUCCUCCGGCGGCGACCGGAAAAUCAAGACCAAUAAGAGUCAAGUGGUGGGGUGGCCUCCGGUGUGCUCUUACCGGAAGAAGAACAGCAUGAACGAAGGUUCAAAGAUGUACGUGAAGGUUAGCAUGGACGGUGCUCCUUUCUUGCGCAAAAUUGAUUUGGGUCUCCAUAAGGGGUACUCAGAUUUAGCCUUGGCUUUGGACAAGCUCUUUGGUUCCUAUGGAAUGGUGGAGGCCUUGAAGAAUGCGGACAAUUCUGAACACGUUCCCAUUUAUGAGGACAAAGAUGGUGACUGGAUGCUUGUUGGAGAUGUCCCUUGGGAAAUGUUUAUGGAGUCAUGCAAGAGGCUGAGGAUUAUGAAGAGGUCAGAUGCCAAGGGCUUCGGUUUGCAACCAAAAGGAUCUCUGAAGGGAUUCAUAGAAAGCGCGGCAAAGUGAAACAUUAUGUUAGGCUUCUAAUUAAUGUCGUGCACAUUUUGACGAUCAUCAAUCCAAGUUUAUGUUGUCGUUUUAUUAUAUUUGAGAAAUCAUGCAUUUUUAGUUUGAUAUAUGAAUCAUACUUUUGUUUAUGUCAAGUAUUAAUGAAUGACAUAUAGGACCCUAUAUAACUAAUAGGGAAAACUCAUUGUUUUAGAUUAAUUAAUGCUUUGCCAUGCUUGUUAAUUUGCAUUCAAUUGCAAUAUAAGUUAUUGUAUCAGUAUAUUGUUUUAUUACUGAUGAUUUCAA